GAAACUCGAAAGAAAUUGGGCAUGUUAAAAAGGUACACCUCCAUUAUUGUCCUCCAUCUUAUUAACUUUAUUGAUUAUAAAUUGGAAGCUCCACCGUAGUUGCCUGUACGCGUUGAACUUUCAAUUAAACCCCGUGAGUCACGUAAUACACAGGUCCCUAUGAUAAACAUCCUGUUUCUCCUUUUCUAAUGUAACGCCCUGGUUCUCCUUUUGUAAAUUCCUGUGGGAGGAUGAUUUGGUGGAGAAAGCUUUUCACAUUAAGAAUGUAAUAAAGGCUUUUCCCAUUCGAGAACCAGAAGGCUUUGUGCAAAUUUGCUAGAAGAAGUAUUUUAACAGUGUCAAUUAAAGAGAGAGAGAGGGCUGACCCUGCUAAGUGCGAAGUGAGCUCCUAUGGCGAGCCCAGAGACAGGAACGAGUGCCAACAAUACAUUUGGAGGUGAGUACGAGGUGUUUCUAAGUUUUAGAGGGCUCGAUACUCGUCGUACAUUCACCAAUAGCCUCCACCAUGCCUUGUUACACGCUGGGAUUCGUGUUUUCAUCGAUGAUGAGGAACUUCGAUUUGGUGAAAGAAUUAGCGACAACCUUCCACAAGCGAUCGACGACUCCAAGCUCUACAUACCCAUCUUCUCCAGAAACUACGCUUUAAGUCAUUGGUGCCUCGACGAGCUAGCGAAAAUGGUGGAGAACGCCUCUAAAUCUAAGGAAGAUGGGAAGAAGGUCAUAUUGCCCAUCUUCUACGAUGUGGAACCCAAUGACGUGAAGUUGAAAACCGAGUUGUACAGCGAGGUCAUAUCGAAUUUGGAGAAACAGAUGAAGGGACAGAAGAAUAAGUUCAGCUCCAAGGAUAUAAAGAUGUGGCAACAGGCUCUCCAGGAAGUUGGUGGUAUCAAGGGAUGGGAGUCGAAGAAAUAUUCAGGCGAUGGGGAACUUAUCCAGGAGGUUGUUGACGAGGUUGUGGUCAGGCUCGAGACAAGACAAAGACCAGUAACCAAAGAUUUAGUUGGAAUGGGGGAUCAAAUAGCAGCCAUAAACAAUUUAUUAGACAUCGACUCUGGUGGUGUGCGGCUAAUUGCAAUCUACGGGAUGGGCGGCAUCGGUAAAACAACACUGGCCAACAUUAUCUUCAACCAACUACGUUCUGAGUUUAGGAAAAACUGUAGCUUUCUUGAACACGUGAGGGAAACGGCUUUACAACAGUUGCAAGAAAAAUUAUUGUCUGAUAUGUCUUAUUCUGGAGAGGCUAGUAAGAUUCAUAGCAUUGAUCAUGGCAUCAAGAGGAUUGGGGACACAAUUUGCAACAAGAAGAUGCUAAUUGUAUUGGAUGAUAUCGAUAAGGGCAACCAGAUCCAAAAUCUAAUCCCAGUGAAUUCUUUGUAUCCUGGUACUACGAUACUCGUUACCACUAGGGACAAGAGCGUGCUGAAUAUUAGGGGAUUUGCGAAUAAAUUUAAGGAUUAUGAAAUGGUGGGGUUGAGCGAUGAAGACGCACUCAAACUUUUUAGUAAGCAUGCCUUCAAUGACGACUCUCCUCGAGCCAAUUACCACACUCUUUCAAAAAGCAUUGUCUCUACUGUAGAUGGACUACCUUUAGCUCUUGAAGUAAUAGGUUCAUCGCUUUUUGGUCAGGAAAAGAAAAAAAUAUGGGAAGACAGGCUAAAGAAGCUAAAGAAAACACCUUAUAGGGAUGUCAUGCAAAAGCUAAGGAUUAGCUAUGAUGCCUUAGAGCCGGAUCAACAACAGAUAUUCCUCGAUGUUGCAUGCUUUUUCGUCGGUGAGAAUAAGACUGAUCCAAUGUACAUGUGGGAAGAUUGUGAGCUUUACCCAGAGGAAGCCAUUGAUGUCCUUAUUCAAAGGUGCAUGAUAAAGGUUUUAGAUGGUGAUAGAUUUGGGAUGCACGAUCAGCUUAGAGAUCUAGGAAGGGCAAUUGCCAGACAAGAUCGUACCAGAUUGUGGGAUAAAGGCGACAUCAUUUGCGAAUUAAAAAAAAGAGAGAUCAAGGAAGGCGUUCAAGUUGAAGCACUCCGUUUGCUAUCAUGGGGGGAUCCUAUAACUAUCACUUCGGAGGAAAUUAAGCGGUUCCCACAUAUACGGUUUCUUUCUUUGCAUAGCGUAAACUGCCAAGGUGACUUUACAGGCUGUCUUUCCGAGUUGAAAUGGAUCGAUUUAGGUUACCCUUGGGAUAGUACUGACGAAGCCCGCUGUAAUCGACAUUUGGAGGGAACCAAUUUGUUGCAUCUAGAAAACGCGGCUGUGGUGAAUCUUUAUGGGCUUCAAUUCACAGAUGAUGUGUUCAAGAGCCUAAUCGAGAAGGCAAGGAAAUUGAAGGUUCUCACUAUUAUGCGUAAUGAGUCGAUCCAUGGGACACCAAUCUUUUCAAAGGACUCAGUUUUAGAGAAGUUGACUAUUCGUUGGAAUUCUUUUUUCUCGGAAAUUGAUUGCUCUAUAGGGAAAUUGAGGUGGCUAACUGACUUGAGUGUUGAGUCCUGCCACAAACUUAGAAAAUUGCCUGAACAAAUUGGAGAGCUACGGAGUUUGCGGCACCUCUCUCUUAGGUCUUGCCAUUGCUUGAUUGAACUCCCCGACUCAGUUUCGAAAUUAGAGUCGUUAACGAAGCUGGAUGUAUCAUUCACGAGAAUUACAAGAUUACCAGAUUCCAUUGGUAGACUACCAAGCCUGUCAUCUGUAUAUGUAUCGGCCACACUAAUUGAAGAACUGCCCAGUACAAUGAGUGAGUUUCGUCAACUCCAAACACUAGACUUGGUUGGUUGUCAUGGGAUACAGGAGCUGCCGAUGCUACCCAAAAGUUUGACCACUUUAUUGCUGAUAUCUACUUCGUUGCUCAUUGUCCCUAACCUCUCGUAUCUUACUAAUCUAGUUGAGCUGGUCCUAUCUGGUGGCUCUUAUUCAACGGCCAAAUCAAAUAUAAUUCAAACUUGCGACUUACGGUGGAUCAGGAAGUUAUUCAAACUGAGCAAGCUGCGCUUUUGCUUUCCAAAUGUCCACGCACCAACUAUUGAGUUGGGUUCCCUUUCUCUGCUAAAAGAACUUACUCUAUAUGGACUGGACUUACCAACUUUCAAACAACUUCCGUCAAACUUGAUAGUUUUAGAGCUCUAUGACACUCGAGGAAAACAAGUACACCUCGAUAGGCUUCCUCCAUCGGAAAAGGAGACCGUUUCAUCAAGUUCGAGAAAAUCGAGAGAAAACAAGGCGUACGAGCAACAUCACGUUCAAUUACUCUAUGUCUUAGAAUUGUCGGAGAUAUCAUGUAUUCAAGACUGCAAAUCUUCUGAGAGGUUGGCUUGUCUGCUAGAGGAGCUGGGGUGCAAUGAACUACAAGCUCCCGAGUUGAUUGAUCAUUGGAGGGGAGCCUUCCAAUUCCCAAGCUCCCUGAAGAUGCUUCGAAAAUUCGUUCUAUCGGGGUUCCCAGAGUUACAGGAUAUUCAAUUUGUUUCUACGUUGGAAUCAUUGGAAGAAUUUUCCGUUGAAGAUUGCUCUUCAUUAAAAAGCUUAGGCGGUUUGUCAAACUUGAAGAAUUUAAAGGAUUUAAGUAUUAUCCGAUGCGUGAGCCUACAAGUUGUCGAGGGCAUUGAAAAAUUAGAGUAUUCGUAUCAGUUGAAAAUCGAGGAGUGCAGAUCAAUGGAAAGGAUUCUUGAUGCAUCGAUACACAUAACAUAUAGUGCUUCUUUUUCCCAACUCAAUCGGGCGGUCCAUCGUCCUCACGAUCCGUCAUCGAUCCCGAGAUCGUCAAGUACAACAGCAAGCAAUGAUGACCCAAGCCCCCUAAAGAUGCUUAAAAAAUUCCUCCUGUGGAGGUGUCCAGAGGUACAGGAUAUUCAAUUUGUUUCUACGUUCGAAUCAUUGGAAGAAUUUUAUGUUCGAGAGUGCUCUUCAUUAAAAAGCUUAGGCGGUUUGUCAAACUUGAAGAACUUGAAGCAGUUAACGAUUGUCCGGUGCCCGAGCCUGCAGGUUGUCGAGGGCAUUGAUGAAUUAGAGUUUUUGUGGUUGUUGAUAAUUAAUGGGUGCAGAUCAAUGGAAAGGAUUUUUGACGCAUCGAGCUCAAAAAUACCAAAUGAGUGCUUGAUAAUCAUAGAAGAUUGUGAGAAGUUACUCAACAGUAGUCCAGAUCGUCAUUUCGAAUAUUGGGAGUCUUACAGAGAGAAGAUUCUGAAUGGAACAAAGCAAGCGCCAGACUCUGAAAUUGAAACAACGGACUACGAAACAGAAACAGGGGAUCCUCUGCAGGAAAUGAACCGGGAAAAUGAAGAGAAAUAAAGAAAGAGAGAGACAGAGUCAGUCUCAGAUCACGAAUCGAAUCGGGAUUAGGCCGAAUGUACAACGGCCGACAUUUCCUGGAGACUAAAACGAGGGCAAUUUUGUCCGAAACCUGUAAUCGGUGGAAAAAAUUGACGAAAAUCCCGAAUUGAAUUGGGAUUAGGGUUCCUUUUCGCGUUUUCUUCUUCCUCUCUCCUGCUGCUCAAGCAAGUCGCGCCGUCGCCCUAUCCUCGGCCGCUCCGCGCCCAAUCCUCGUUCGCUCCUCGCUCAUUCAUGGCAAGCUUCAAUCCGUCGUUCGCCGUCGUCUCUUUGUUUCCCAGGUUCCGUCGUCCGCGAGCUUCAAGUCCUUCUUCAGGGCCACUUUCCACUCUCGUGCACAUUUUCAUCUUCAAUGCCGCUCAGCUGGAGGAAUUUGGUGAUACAUGAGGCUCCGAUGGUUGCACUCAUUAACUCCAUCAGUGGCGAGAGGCAUGGGCCUGAACCCAAGCUCUGGAAUCACCAGGUAACCGCUGAAGAACAGGCGCGAGUGGUGUGGCGGUUGGUGUUUAGUUAAAU